AUGAAGUUCGGCGCUGCCCUUCUGGUCUUGGCCACCUCGGCCCUGGCUGAGAACAUCCGACGAGGAGGAGACGAGUAUGGAAAUCCCGACUACGAGUCUGGACAGGAUUACGAGACCGGUGAAGGCGACUACGGACAUGAAGAGCAAGGCUAUGGAAACAAAGACUACGGGCACAAGGUCACGGAGGUCGCUGUGACUUAUACGACCACUACUGUCUGCCCUGUUACCUACACUCACACCAAGGAGGGAAAAACCUACUGUGAGACCGUGCUCACAACCUCGACACUCGUUGUUGCUGAGACCAAGACUGUCGAUGUCACAGUUCAGGAGCCUGAUGUCACUCACCACUACACUGAUGUUGCCUACGUUACUCGAACAACAGUCUGCCCUGUGACCGUGACCAAGACCGUUGCUGGAGAGGUCAUUACCGACGUCUACACAACCACCAGUGUUGUCUACGACGUCGUCAAGUCCACUGACUACGAGCACGUCAAGCAGCCUGAUAUUACCAAGCACGCUACAGAUGUCGAGUAUGUCACUCGAACCACUGUCUGCCCUGUGACUGUCACCAACACUAUUGCCGGCGAGGUUGUGACUCAAACAUACACCACCACCAGCGUUGUCUACGAUGUUGUCAAGUCUACCGACUAUGAGCAUGUCAAGCAACCCGAUGUCACCAAGCACGAGACCGACGUCGAGUACAUCACCCGAACCACUGUAUGCCCCGUCACUGUCACAAAGACCAUCGCUGGUGAGGUCGUCACCCAGACCUACACCACCACCAGUGUCAUUGAGGAGAAAGUUGCCACAACCGCGUACGAGCAUGUUAAGCAGCCCGACGUGACCAAGUACGAGACCGAUGUUGUCUACGUUACCAAGACCAACGUCUACCCCGUCACUGUCACUAAAACCAUUGCCGGCGAGGUCAUCACCAGCGUCUACACCUCCACCGACUACGUCGUCAACAAGGUCCAUACUACUGUCUACGACCAGGUCAAGAAGCCCGAUGUGACCAAGCACGAGACAGAUGUUGUCUACCAGACCAAGUACGAGGUUCACCCCGUGACUGUCACUCAGACCGUCGAGGGCGAAGUUGUCACCAACGUCUACACCUCCACCUCCAUCGUUGUUGAGAAGGUUGUCACCACUGUUCCCGCCUACGAGACCAUCGUCAAGACCAUUGGCAAGGGCGAGGUUGUCACUCAGUACUCCAAGAUCGUUCAGACUGUUGGUGGCGGUACUGUCUACCAGACCGUUGCUCCCCAGCCCACUACCGUUGAGGCUCCUCAGACUGAGGUCGUCACCAAGCCUGUGGUCACUGUCCCUGUCCCAGCCCCUUCUACUCCCACCGCUCCCGCACCUGUCUCCACUGGCGCUGCUGCCGCCAACGGAGCUCCCGUCUUCGCUUUCAUGGCUGGUAUCCUCGGAGCCGUCGCUCUUAUCUAA